AUGCAAUCCCUCCCCGACACCCGCACCCAGUCCUUUGACGAGAUCUACGGUCCCCCCGAGAACUUUCUCGAGAUCGAAGUCCGCAACCCCCGCACCCACGGUAUCGGUAGGCACAUGUACACCGACUACGAGAUCGUCUGCCGGACCAACAUCCCUGCUUUUAAGCUGAGGCAGUCGACGGUCCGGAGGAGAUACAGCGACUUUGAGUACUUUCGGGAUAUCCUCGAGAGGGAGAGCGCGAGGGUUACGAUCCCGCCGCUGCCGGGGAAGGUGUUUACGAACAGGUUCAGCGAUGAUGUGAUUGAGGGCAGGAGGGCCGGGCUGGAGAAGUUUCUCAAGAUUGUGGUUGGGCAUCCGCUGUUGCAGACGGGGAGCAAGGUUCUGGCCGGGUUCGUGCAGGACAGAUCCAAACUGGGAUAG